AUGAGUCUUGAAGACAAAGUCGAGAAAUUGAAUUUGGAGGCACAGCCAGCGGCCCAAGCUGGCCAGGAAACUGUUCUCGGUCCCGACGGCCAGCCGCUGUCGAAGAAGGCGCUCAAGAAGCUCGAGAAGGAGCGCGAGAAGGAGAGAAAAAAGGCAGAGACCGCCGCCCGAAUGGCCCAGGAACAGGCCGCCAAGGCUGCUGCCGACGCCGCCAGCGACACUGCCAAGGACAACUACGGCAAGCUGCCUCUGAUGCAGUCGAACCGCAAGACGGGUAUUCCUCGAAUCCAGUUCAAAACGCUUACCCCUCAGGACGACGGCAAGGAGGUGGUUUUCAGAGCAAGAGUGCACAACUCCAGACAACAGGGCGCCACGAUGUGCUUUUUCCUGUUCAGACAGCAGGACGAGCUGAUCCAGGGCCUGAUCAAGGCCAAUGGCGACUCUGUGUCGAAGCAGAUGGUGAAAUGGGCCGCCUCGCUCAGUCUCGAGUCGAUCGUUCUUGUCCACGGCGUGGUGAAGAAGGUGGACGAGCUGGUCAAAAGCGCCACGAUCCAGGACGUGGAGAUCUCGAUCUCGAAGAUCUACACCAUUUCCGAGACGCCUGCCCAGCUGCCGCUGCUGAUCGAGGACGCCUCGCGCUCCGACGCCGAGGCCGAGGCCUCGGGGCUUCCCGUGGUCAACCUCGACACGCGGCUGGACUCGCGCGUGAUCGACCUGAGAACGGUCACGAACCAGGCCAUUUUCCGGCUGCAGUCCGGCAUCUGCCAGCUGUUCAAGGAGUUUCUGCUUGAGCGGAAUUUUGUCGAGACGCACACGCCAAAGCUGAUUGCCGCUGCGUCGGAGGGCGGAGCCAACGUUUUCAAGGUCGACUACUUCAAGGGCAGCGCGUUUCUGGCGCAGUCGCCGCAGUUCUACAAGCAGCAGCUGAUCGCUGCCGACUUCGAGCGGGUGUUUGAGAUUGCUCCCGUGUUCAGAGCAGAAAACUCCAACACGCACCGCCACAUGACCGAGUUUGUGGGGCUGGACCUGGAAAUGGCGAUCGAGGAGGACUACCACGAGGUCGUCGACCUGCUGGCAGAGCUGUUUGUGUUCAUCUUCAGCGAGCUCAAGACCAGGUUCGCCAAGGAGAUCGCCACGGUGAGAAGACAGUUCCCCGUGGAGGAGUUCAAGCUGCCGAAGGACGGCAAGAUGGUCAAGCUCCACUACAAGGAGGGCAUCCAGAUGCUGAGAGACGCCGGCAGAGAGCUCGGCGACUACGACGACCUCAGCACCGAGAACGAAAAGCUGCUGGGCAAGCUGGUGAGAGACAAGUACGACACAGACUUCUACGUGCUCGACAAGUUCCCGCUCGCGGUGAGACCGUUCUACACGAUGCCAGACCCGGAGGACAGCAACUACUCGAACUCGUACGACUUCUUCAUGCGCGGCGAGGAGAUCCUGUCGGGAGCGCAGCGGAUCCACGACCCGGUCCUGCUGGCCGAGAGAAUCAAGGCCCACGACGUGGACACCACCACGCCCGGUCUGUCGGACUACAUCCAGGCGUUCACGUACGGCUGUGCUCCGCACGCGGGCGGAGGCAUCGGCCUCGAGCGAGUGCUGAUGUUCUUCCUGGAUCUCAAAAACAUCAGAAGAGCCAGUCUGUUCCCAAGAGACCCUAGGAGACUGCGGCCAUGA